AUGUUUCCUACACUUGCGCUCAGAAAUUUUGCUUGCCGUAUCACGUUGUUCACACGCUCGAAUUGCAAACUCUGCUCUGAUGCAAAGGAGGUCCUGUCAAACGUCUGGGACAAGCGACCCUUUGAGUAUGACGAGAUCAAUGUGAUGGAGCAUUUUGAUCAGAAGUGGAAGAACAUGUAUGAAUUUGACACGCCGGUGAUCCAUGUGGACAAAGCGAAGGAAGGCAAUCAAUUCAGCACGACAGGCGAGGCCAGAAAACUCAUGCACAGAUUCAAGGAGCAUGAAGUCGAGAAAUUGAUGGAUGAAACUAUGCUGGAUGCACCUUCUUCCUCCGCUUGA